AUGAUUGGCUUCUCAGAUACAUCAAGCGACGGCCCAGGAGUGGGCUCGGCUAGUGAUGGCGAUAUGAACGUUAGCAAAAAUCAUUUGGCUCCCUUAAAUUUAGCAAAUACGCAAGAGGUCAUGAAAUACUAUGAGAGUGCUUUUGAUUACUUUCUACAGCUGAACUGUCGCGUGGUUGCUAAGGCAUCCAUCAAAGCCAUCGAGCCGAAAAAAGAAAAGCAAAUACCCGUACAAUGGCCCUACGAUCCAGAAAAUAAUAAGUUCAAGUGGUGGCCAUCUGAUGCCAAUCACAAAGAGCCUGAUCAUUUAUUCAAGGAGGGUACGUUGGCAUCUCUUUUCCUUCCAUUUUGA